GGUAAGUGCUAGAAUUUCAAAUGGUAAGGGUCGUGUAUAAGUUUCAAGAGUAACAAAUUAUGGUGGCUUGAAGAUUCUGAUAUGCAACGAAGACAAUGUUCCAACAAAUUUAGAAAACUUCCCCCGGCCCCUGGCUUUCAUUUACUAUAAAAUCCCUAGCAGCCUUUCAAUUUCUGCUACAUAAAAUACACUAGUACUCCAUCUCCAUCUCCAUACAUGUCCAUGGUGGUCGCUAACGCCGCCGCCAAAACCUCAAUCGAAGAAGAGACGUCGGGAGCGGCGGAGCUCAGAAGGGGCCCAUGGACUCUCGAGGAAGACACUCUCCUCAUCAAUUACAUCGCUGCCCACGGCGAAGGCCGCUGGAAUCUCUCUGCCAAAUGCGCCGGAUUGAGGAGGACUGGGAAGAGUUGCAGACUGAGGUGGCUGAAUUACUUGAAACCCGACAUCAAACGCGGAAACCUAACUCCACAAGAACAGAUCUUAAUCCUUGAACUCCAUUCCAAAUGGGGGAACAGGUGGUCGAAAAUAGCGCAACAUUUGCCAGGAAGAACAGAUAACGAGAUCAAGAAUUACUGGAGGACGCGGGUCCAGAAGCAAGCCAGGCAGCUCAAGAUCGAUUCGAAUAGCAACAAGUUCAUUGAAGCCGUUAAGAGGUUUUGGAUGCCAAGAUUGGUUAUCGAUAAGAUAGACCAUACUUCCUCUUUGACGUGUUCACCUUCUCCGUCUUUUUCAUCUUCUUCUUCUUCUUCGAAGCCUAGCCCGAACUACCCACUUCCCAAACUAACCCCAAACCAUGAAAGUUCAGGAACCCAUGAAAUGGUAAAACCAGACAACUCCAAGCAGGAAAAUGCAUGCACUACUUGUGUGGCAACAGGUGAUGAGUCUAGGAGUGUGUUUGAGGAAGACGGGUUCGGCCACCUUGCUACGUCAGCGUUCGACGUUUCCAUGUUGGAAUACCAGCUGGCGUUUGACGAUUGGUUCGGGGUUGAGGUGGCAGAUUCCUUUUGGAGCAUUGAUGAGUCCAGGCAAGCAGCAGAAGAAGAAGUUGGAGGGGAGUGGGUUCUGAGUUGAAGUCCCCUUUGGUAGGGUGGGUGCAAUGCCAAAAAAGAAAAAAAAUGAUAGCAAUAGAUAAGAAAGAGUUGCAUAUAUCCACUCACAAGUCACAACUUUGUUAAUGAUAGCCACUGGUGAAUGACAGUGGCUAAGGGUAUUUAUGGAAAUGUAAGCUUAUUAUAGUAGAAGACUGGUAGGCCCUAACUGUGACCCAGACUAAACACUUUUUUUGGGUGAUCAAAAAAACAAAUGUAAAGGGGGGUGUGGGAGACAAAUAAUGAAAUGAUAUUAGGUAU